AUGGACGAAGCUAAUGAGAGCUCUUCUACUCACGCCCUCUCUCACAGUGAAAUCGAAAUCACAUCACGUGACUUAAAUAAUAAUGAUUUACACAAGCAAACACCAAUAGAUGAAAACCUUACUCUUAUGGAUGAAGAUCCUAUUGAGUCUAGCACUAAUAAAGGCAAAUCACCUGAAACACAAACAGCCACACAAACAAAUAUACCUGAACAGAUAGAAAUUACUGUGCUAAAUGACAUAUUCAAGAAUAAAUCACAAGAUUUAAACAAAGUACACAAAGGAUUCAUACCUAAUGAUAGUUUCAAACCUGAAAUGACAAACAACGAAAUUAUCAACCUCCUUUUAAGACGUUAUUUUUAA